AUGCCAUCGCCAGCGUCCGAACCCAUCGCCACUGUGCACGAAACGACGCCGGGCUUCGAGCAGCUACGCAAUGCUGUACUGGAUCUUUCCGAGCCCGUGAGCAAGCGCACUCGCGCCAUCUUCUACCUGCGGUCACGUGGUAGCGUGGCGGACCUGGAGGUCUUACUGACGGCGCUACUGAACCGCAACGACUCGGAACUGGUGCGCCACGAAUUGGCGUACGUGAUUGGUCAGUUCCAGAUGACGGAAGCAUGCGACACGCUGGAGCACGUGCUGGCAGACGAGACGGACGACGGCAUGGUGCGUCACGAGGCGGCAGAGGCGCUCGGUGCCAUUGGUGCCCAUCGGUCGCUUGCGGUACUUCAGAAGUAUACGGCCGACGCGAUGCCUGAAGUAGCAGAUACGUGCAAGUUGGCGGCCCGUUUGAUCGAGUAUAAACUGGCCAAAGCCAAUGGCGACAUCAUCGAGAGCGAGGUGGACCGCAAUCCGUACUUCUCCGAAGACCCGGCCCCUGCUGCUGAAAAGAGUGUGUCGACAGCGGCACUGCGAGAUGUUCUAUUGGACCACGAGGGCGAUCUGUUUGCCAAGUACCGUGCUAUGUUCUCAUUACGGAACCGGAAUACGAAAGAAGCGGCACUGGCUCUCGCGGCUGCGCUCAGCGACCCAAGUGAUUUGUUCAAGCACGAGGUUGCGUACGUCAUGGGCCAGAUGGAGAACCCCGUGGUUGUGCCAGCACUGAAGAAGGUGCUGUUGGAUGAGACGCAGCACCGCAUGGUGCGUCACGAGGCGGCAGAGGCGCUGGGAGCUAUUGGCACGAUCGAGUGCGAAGAGAUCCUUACCGAACAUCUCAAAGAUACUGUUCCAGUUGUGCGGGAGAGUUGCGCCGUGGCGCUCGACAUUUUAGACUACUGGGCGCCUACUAAGUAG